AUGUCGGUCUCCAAGGGAGUGUAUAAUUCGACGCUCACUGGGAACAUCACCCUCUGCAAUUUCACGGCCGGUGGAUCCAGGAGUGAGUGGGGAGCACCUUCCAUCAUGUCAAUGUUCAUCCUCAUCCUUACCUUCCUACUGGGCGUCCCGGGCAACGGCGCAAUCAUCUGGGUGUCUGGCUUCAAGAUGAAGAGUAAGGUCCACACUGUGUGCUUCCUGAACCUGGCCAUGGCUGACCUGAUUUGUUGCCUGUUACUCCCCUUCCCCAUGGUCAGCAUCUCCCAUUUCUACUCUGGGUACGUUAUCAAUUUGCCUUGGGUAUUUAUUACAUCCACUAUUCUCCUAAACGCUUUCGCCAGCAUAUAUAUGUUAUGCCUGAUCAGCAUCUAUCGCUGCCUGGCUAUUACUCGGCCCAUCUGGUUCCAGCAACAUCUGAGCCUCACAUGGGUACGUGCGACCUGCUUCGUGGUCUGGGUCAUAGCCAUCGCCAUAUGCCUGCUAUUAUUCUUCGAUCGAGAUCAUUCCGAAUCUAUCAUAACUUGGACCGUCUUCAGCUUCGGCCUCCCCCUUGUAAUUAUGAUCAUUUGCUACGCCCUCGUUGGCUGGAGGCUGCGCGGGGAAAGGUUCGCUCAGUCCAGGAAGCCCGUACGCCUGAUCGUGACGGCGGUCUCCGCCUUUAUGAUCUGCUGGCUCCCCAUCACUCUCUGCGCCCUCAUAACCAUCUUCUCCAAAAGUUUUCAUCCGGACUGGGUCAUAUUCACUAAAGCUCUGGCCUCAUUCAACAGCUCCCUCAACCCUUUGGUCUACGUCUUCGCCGGCAGAGACUUCCGUCAGAUCUUCAGGCGCUCCCUGUUUGCCUCGCUCCAGCUGGCCUUCACCGAGCCUGAGCUGAAGGGUGAGACGCAGAACCGCAAUCCCACCUCAAAUACGAUUGUCUGA